UCUCUCUCUCUCUCUCUCUCACACACACACACACACAAAUAUAUAUACACACACGUGUAUAAGAGAGAAGCCCAAUUGGCCAGUUUGAAGAAAAGUCGCUCGAUUUGGAAAAUUGAUCCAAUUUUGGGGAGGAUGGGUGCAAUGUGUUGGCCUUCUGAAUCAGAGAUAAAUGUGAUCCGGAAAAAAGUUGCCGAAAUGUGUGGAAGAAAUUCCGAGGAGGUGAAAAUUGUUGCAUCCCCGUAUAGGAUUUGUCCACUAGGAGCACAUAUCGACCAUCAGGGUGGAAUCGUUUCGGCUAUGACGAUCAAUAAGGGUAUACUUCUCGGUUUCGUUCCAUCCUAUGAUUCUCAGGUUAUAAUACAAUCAGGACAGUUCGAGGGAGAAGUUAGGUUCAGAGUAGAUGAAGAACAACUGCCGAAAAUAAAUGAUUCCAAGGAAUAUUCCAGUUCAGUGGAGGAAUGUAGGUGGGGAAAUUACGCGAGAGGAGCACUUUACGCAUUACGAAAGAAAGGAAACAACCUAAACCAGGGCAUUAUCGGAUUUAUCUCGGGUGCUGAAGGGCUCGACAGUUCGGGACUUAGCUCUUCGGCAGCUGUUGGGGUGGCUUAUUUGCUUGCUUUUGAAAGUGCGAAUAAGCUUACGAUAUCUCCCACUGAGAAUAUCGAGUACGAUAGGUUAAUUGAAAACGAGUAUUUAGGUCUGAAAAACGGGAUAUUGGAUCAAUCUGCCAUUUUGCUCUCGAGCUACGGCUGUUUAACUCGUAUGAACUGCAAGACGAAAGAACACAAACUUGUACAAUGUCCAAAGUCGAGUGGAAUACAUAACAAAGAGACGGAUAAACGAUUCAAGAUACUACUGGCAUUUUCGGGAUUGAAGCAGGCUUUGAUUACAAAUCCUGGAUACAAUUCCCGAGUUUCAGAAUGUCGAGAGGCUGCAAGAAUUCUCCUCAAGGCUUCUGGGAAUGAAGGGCUAGAGCCUAUCCUAUCGAAUGUUGAACCGGAAGCGUAUGAGGAGCACAAGUGCAAAUUAGACCCCAAUCUUGCGAGAAGAGCAGAGCACUAUUUCUCGGAGAAUAAACGAGUUUUAAAAGGGCUCGAGGCUUGGGCUACUGGAAAUCUCGAGGAUUUCGGAAAGCUUAUUUCGGCGUCUGGUUUGAGUUCUAUCCAGAAUUAUGAGAGUGGUUGCGAGCCACUUAUCCAACUGUACGAGAUAAUUGUGAGGGCGCCAGGUGUUUACGGGGCCCGUUUCAGUGGUGCUGGAUUCCGUGGAUGCUGCAUUGCCUUUGUGGAUGCUGACUGUGCUUUAGAUGCCAGCUCAUACAUCAACAAGGAAUAUUCUAAGAUCCAACCCGAAUUAGCAAGCCAAAUCGAUCCAGACAAUAUGGUCCUGAUAUGCGAUGCUGGCGAUUGUGCUCGUAUUAUUUGAAUGCUUCUUGAAAUCUCAUUUCGUAGAGUAACAAUAUCACUGUUCGAUUCAUUCAUUCUACUCAUAUUGUUGUAUUUAUGGAGGUCCAAUAUACAUUUAAUCCUCCAACAAGCAAAUAUAUAUAAUAAAGUAUUUAACUAAUCAUAAUAGCUUGUUUUACACUAUGUUUAUGGUAGAUUAGAAGGGUCUAAUACACAAUAUUUCUUAAUAAACAAAGAUAAGAGCAUCAUUAGAACAUGCUAAUCCAAUUUACGAAGUACAAAUUGUUGUUAGGUAAAAUGAAAAAGAAAUAAAAA